AUGAAGCGCCUCGGGUAUAAGAAAUCCCGUAAGGGUUGUUUACGGUGUAAACAACGAAGAGUCAAGGUUGGUUGGGUAUCAGAUAUCGAACUCACACAUCACUACACGGCCAACGCCCAUCGGACUCUAUACUCACCAUGCUGUCACGCAUACAACGCACUUCAAAACGAUGUCCCAAGGGAAGGCUUUUCUCAUCCCUUCCUCCUUCACCAACUCCUCGCCUUCUCCGCCCUCCACUUGGCGUUCCUGAAACCAGAGUCUCGCAACAGAUAUCUCAUACAGGCCUCGCAGCACCAAGGUGUAGCCAUCAGUACCAUGAACUCGCUCUUGGCAAAGCCUCUACCGCCGAGUGAGUUCCACGCCAUGUAUGCGACUUCGAUAUUCGUCGCCAUAAGCGCUUUUGGUACCUAUCCCAGCUGCGACAGGUAUCAAGAAUCAUUCCGUGCCAUCGAUGGCCUGGUCGACAUAUUCAUCCUCAUCCGUGGCAUGAACAUUCUCCUCCGCUCAUCUGGUGAGGAGUUACGAAACGGGCCCUUGAAGGGUUUACUGAGCGGGUGCGAUUGUCCACCUUUCGAAAACAUUGGCUGUCUCAAGACGGUGGCUUCCAAGCUAGGAGAUCUCCUACCAGCUGUACAAGACCAAUUACCCUUGCUCGACACCGAAGAUGGACAGCUCUGUGUAGACACCAUCGCUGGGUUUAUUGAAACCAUCUCGAGGAUCACCAGCACCCCCAGGUCGGCGCCAACACCCGAGCUGAGGGUCGUCUUUGCCUGGCCCAUGGGCCUCUCCAACACCUUUCUGUCACUCUUGAGAAACUGCGAGCCACUGGCUCUGGUGGUUCUUUCUUACUAUUGUGUGUUGUUGCAUUCGCGAGAACCAAAGUACUGGUUUCUCCAAGGCUGGACGAAUGCGCUGAUGAAGGUUGUGGAGGCAAAAGUGGUUGGUACACGAUGGGAGGGACUGAUACAAUGGCCGUUGCAAGUGAUGGGAGAAAAUGAGACGGCGACGGGGACAUUAGGGGAGGACCCGGAGUCUCGCGCCGCCCAGGAGGUAACAUAUCCGAUGUGUUGA